AUCGGGACCUAACUAAAAAUAUUUUGUACCACAGAAACCCUAGAAAUCUUGCAUCUCCGUCCGCCGCUCCCCAUCCCCAUCAGACACAGGGAGAGGGAGAGAGAGAGAGGGUGUGUGGAUCAAAGAUCUAGAAAUGGUGUCUCUUAAGCUGCAGAAGCGCUUGGCUGCAAGCGUUCUUAAGUGUGGUAAAGGAAAAGUUUGGCUUGAUCCCAAUGAAACCAGCGAGAUCUCCAUGGCCAAUUCUAGGCAAAAUAUAAGAAAGCUGGUUAAAGAUGGUUUUGUGAUAAAAAAGCCAUCCAAAAUUCAUUCACGCUCACGGGCUCGUCGAGCUUUGGAAGCAAAGAGGAAAGGAAGGCAUUCAGGAUAUGGUAAGCGUAGAGGUACUAGGGAGGCUAGGCUGCCGACCAAGAUUCUUUGGAUGAGGAGGAUGAGGGUGCUCCGUCGCUUGCUGCGCAAGUACAGGGAAGCAAAAAAGAUUGACAAACACAUGUACCAUGACAUGUAUAUGAAGGUGAAGGGUAACGUUUUCAAGAACAAGCGUGUGCUCAUGGAGAGCAUACACAAAUCAAAAGCAGAGAAGGCAAGAGAGAAAACCUUGUCUGAUCAGUUUGAAGCGAAGAGAGCAAAGAGCAAGGCAAGCAGGGAAAGGAAGAUUGCACGAAGGGAAGAGCGCCUUGCCCAGGGUCCGGCAGCUGCUCCUGCAUCACAAACAGCAGCAGAGGCACCUAAGAGAAAGAAGUAAAUCCUCCAAUUGAUUCCCCAUUGAAGACCAAGUUUUCAUGAUCCUGAUGAGCUUGAAGAUCAGGCUUCUGGUGAAUGUAGCCAUCUAAGGAGUAGGAUGUAUAAUGAGUUUCUGAACAUGAAUCUAUGUCGAAUUUUGCCCUUGUAGGAUAAUUAGCAAGUGAUCUUUUGUUUUCUGUUUUUGCAAGUCUUUAUGUGACGUAUGAAGGAAUCACUAUAUAUUUGUUGAACAUUAAAUGCUUGUUCCUUAAAGUUUAUUAGUUUUACAGGGUAA